AUGAUGAAGACGGCUGUCGCAAUCAAGUGGACGACGAUCCAGCGCGUGCAGAUGGUCCUGCGGGAGCACGCCAUAAUCUCCGCCUCCAUGAAGAGAGAGGCGACUGCCGGGCAGGUCUUCGAAAGGAUCAGCAAGGUCGAUCAGCAAGAUGGUGACGACAAGAUUUCGUUCAACUUCGUUGACAUUGCUCUGAGCUCUGCUGACAAAAUCAUGUCAGACGCCCACAUCAUGCGCCUUCUCGAGUGGCACGACCGGUACUUCUUGAAGAACGGGCCAUUCAAUCACAUCAACAAGUGGAAGACCAUCAUGAACAGGUGCAAGGGCGACCAGCAGAAGAUCCGCUGGUGCUUCGACCACUUCAUUGACGGGCUCAAGAUGGGCACGUACGAGGCCGGGGAGCUGUCCGUCAGCAAGCUGAACUCGGUGUUGUGCGACGUCGCCCUCCUCAAGCGGGACGUGGGCGCCAUCCUAAUGGACAAGCUCAUUCCCCAGCAGGGCGUGAAGCUCGAUGAUAUGACGAAGCUGCGCGCGCUCAUGAAGUCACACGCCACGUGCCGUGCCGAGGUGACUGGCUACCCCGAGGCGCCUGGUGAAGCGCCCAAGGAGAUCGACCUUGUCUACAUGUUCGCCGUGAGCCCCGGAGCCAACGGAGAGACCAUUCGCCGUGGCGCAUCCUUCGAGAAGUCGUUGGCGCUCGUGGAGAUGACGAUGUACGGUACGGGUUUAGACCACAACUUCAAGACGGCGGCGCGGAGUGCGAAGUUGGCGACGGACAUCGUGGAGUACUCCCAGUUCACUGAGGAGCUCGUGAAGAUCAAGGCGGAGGUCGAGAAGGAGUGCAUUGCGGAGAGGGUCAACGCUGGCCUGCCGGCCAUCGAAGAGCCCGCUCAUCCACCAGCGCCGCCUGCAGGGGCGAAAGGACGGCUCGUCGUUGCUCCCCAGCACGCAUCGCUCAACAAGCAGCUGGCGAACAUCAAGGAGGAUAUCCGCAGUCAGUUCGAGACGGCGGCGCGAAAGCUCAGCCGCACGUGGUCGAAGGUGAUCGUUCACUCCGACUCGGAGAAAGAGAUGAUGGAGGAGAUCGCCUCCAGCCCGCUCUUCACGGCGGUCGGCACCAUGGCGGGCCUCACGCUGAUCCACUACAACUCCGACUUGGCGACCGAGGCAGAGACCUCGCCGCAGACGCGCGGCUCCCCCUUCCAGAAGAAGCCGUACGACCGCUUGGUUCGCAUCGUGCUUGCAGCGCGACACCCGCUCAAGGAGGCAGCACUGCAGCAAGGCAAACCCAUGGUGGCCAGGAGCCUCCUGACCCCGUUCCGGAGGGGCACCGUCGCCGAGCAGAAGGAGAAGGGCAAGGCUGAGGAUGCAGUGAUUGACAACCCCGAGGAGGAGGAGGAUAAUGACGACGCCAUCGCCUUCAACCCUCGGAAGGUGACCAUCGUGAAAGACGAGAAGUCCGUGCGAGACCGAAAGUCGUUGACCCGUGGGGCAGCUUCGGUCAAGCAGACCAUGACGAUGGCAGUGGUUUCCACGACAACGUUGCCGCUCCCAGAGCGGCAGUCUCUCCACUAUGCAGGUACAAAUCGUGGGACAGUGAUUGGGCCGAUCAAGCUUCGCAACUUGAGCGAGGAGUGGUCGGCUACAGUAGGCGUGAAGAAGGAGCUGUACGGCCGCCAGUUCAGGAUCCCCGUUGGCGGCAAAGGGGCUGACGGCAACGUCCCGCGCACGGACGAUACGGUAGAGCCUGUGUGCUGGAACGCAAUGCCGCAGGAGUUCUUCGAGGAACUCAUCCACAGGUACUUCAUCGCGAACGUGGUGGACCUCACGCCAGGGGACUUCAGCUUCGGAGAGGUCUGCAUGGACAAGCGGGUGAACUACGCCGCAGUGGCCUGGACAGUGGAACACGCGCAGGCAGGCCGGGACAAGCUCCAGAUGGCGGCAAUGAAGACGAUGACCACCAUGGACCACCCCCACUUCAACAAGCAGUUCAGCGAGGCUCUGAAGGGCACCGCCGCCGCCGCUGCUGGCACCGCCGGCGAG